UGCACUGUUUUGGUAACAACAAUAACAAUGUCUGGAGGGUGAUUUGGUAAUCUUGGUAUGUCUUGCAACCAAAUAUAAAUAUAACAAAACAACCAACCAACCUUAUUUUAGGAAUUAAAAUAAGAAGAGAAGAGAAGAGAAGAGGCCGGGGAGGAGACUUGAAGGUCAACCAUCGACCACUCUUUUUCUUUAAUUCUUCCCACAAACAUGUCACGCGCCGCCGCGUCGUUCGGAAUCCUCCUUUGUCUGCUGCUCCUCGUCGCCGCCGUCAACUGCUCCGAUCAGGGAAACUGCAGCACCACAUGCAUUGUGGAGCAAUGCGACACGAUCGGAAUCAAAUACGGCAAGUAUUGCGGGGUAGGGUAUUGGGGUUGUGCUGGCGAGAAACCAUGUGAUGAUCUUGAUGCUUGCUGCAUGGCCCAUGACAACUGCGUUGACAAAUUCGGAAUGACUCAUGUGAAAUGCCAUAAGAGAUUAAAGAAUUGCCUAACCAGGGAACUGAAAUCUGGUAAGGUUGGAUUUUCCAAGGAGUGUCCCUACAGCAGAGCUGCACCUACGAUGAUAAGAGGCAUGGACUUGGCCAUCUUGCUCAGCCAAUUGGGUGACUUCUCCGUUCCUCACUAACAAACUGAAACUAACCCUCUUAUGUAAUCCUUACUUACUCCUUCCCCAUUUACAAACUUCUCUUCAUUCAUUUGGGAAACCUGAUCUUAUAUAUGAUCCUGUUGGACAUGGUUAAACUGUUGUUAUUGAUUUUCUAUGUUCUUAACUUAUCAUUUAAUUUAUGAUAUCACAAAAGAACUCAAUAGUUUCUUUUGGACAA